CCUCAGCAGGGCAGCACGGUACCUCAGCCACAGCGCGCGUCACGAACAUGGAACUCGUCUCAGGUGUCAGUGUGAGCAGCCGUCUGCCUGCCGUGGUGGCGCUGCUAUCGGCGGCCGCUGCUCUCUGGCCGGUCGACGGCGCGGCGGCAGCCGUGAGCGGCUGGCCGCUGCAGACCUACGAGCUGGAGACUGAGGCGGAGGUGCGGCGCGACAGCUGCCCGAGCGGCUGGCGGCACGACGGCCACCAGUGUCUGAUGUACGUGCCGGCCGUGCUCGGCUGGGAGGCGGCGCAGCGCCACUGCGAGGACGCCCAGGCCGGCGCCGCGCUGGCCUCCGUCACAGACGUCUUCCAGAUGUCCCAGCUGCUGCUGCGAGCCAAGCGAGCGGGCCAGGACCAGGUCUGGAUCGGUCUGAGCGGCGAGAUCGAGGCAGGCGAGGCGUUCUGGGGCUGGGCCGACGGCAGCCCGCUGGAGUUCCAGGUCUGGGAGGAGGGUACCGGACCCGAGGUCGAUGAAGAAACGGCGGCAGAAGCGGCGGCACAGGCAGUGGGGGAUGAGCCGCAGCUCUGCGCCGCCUUCUCGACGCGCAGGAAGAGCUGGCGCCCCGUGCCGUGCGACAAGAAACUCCGCUUCUUCUGCGGCUACAUGCUGGCCGAAAAGAGCAACUGACCGCACGCCGGAAGUAAAUAAUUAGUAAACUGGUACAUUGUACACAAUGGCGAGGAGGACAGGAGUUGUAUUUAUUAUGUGAAUGUAGGCUGAUGAUGACCGGAAUAAAAAAAACUGUUCGAGCUGGCACACGAAUAUCCAUCUAUAUCUGGCAAUCAAUGCAUCAUGUAGCUUCUCGACAAUAUGUAACGGAAGCUGCCGUCCAAUGGCAUAGGUAAGAAAUACAUAAGUGAAACCAAUAUAAGUAG